CAAAUGCAAGUAGUGACGUCAUGAAUCGGCGACAACAGAUUUGAACCGCAACGUCGAUGCCUUGAGCUCAAACACGUCGCUGUCAUGCUGUUACCCAGGUGUAUCGCUCGUUUACUUUCAGCGCAAAUAUCAAGACCCAAGAUGGUUUCCUGUCGGGUUUUAAGGUGGAGUUCAUCUGAAAGGUGUGGACUUUACUACGGUCGUCGUCCUCUUGUACCAACAUAUUCCUACCUGGAAUGGUGUCAUCUACACCCCGAAGCAAAAACUUACACUUGUAAAGGCUUCUGCACCACUCAGAGUAAAAUAAGUGAAGCUGUUGGUCAGAUCCAGUCGACACAGUACCACCUGGUGUACACAUGCAAGGUUUGCAGCACUAGAUCCAUGCAGAAGAUCUCCAAGCAGGCCUAUCAUGAGGGUGUUGUGAUCGUGACAUGUCCGGGAUGCAAGAACCACCACAUCAUCGCUGACAACCUUGGUUGGUUCUCUGAUUUAGAAGGGAAGAGGAACAUUGAGGAAAUCCUUGCUUCCAAAGGAGAAGCAGUGAAGAGGCUGGAAGGAGGAGAUGCUCUGGAAGUUGUUCUACAGAGUGGAACUACAGAACUACAGAGUGGUCGUGAUGGGGAACUAGCACACAAAGAUGCAGAAUGUAAAGAUACAUAAUGUAACUGUAUGAAAGAUGGUCAUGUUUUGUGGUCCAUUAACUGCUAAGAUUUUGCUAUCGGCCUCACAAUUUUGUCUAAUCCACGCAACUUCCCCACACAUUUUGUAAAUAAUUUUUAGUUGGGUGAUAAAUGACAAGCUGAUGCAAUGUAGUAAAAAAUCCUGCAACUUUGUGUAAAAAGGUGACAUGAAAUCAGGCAUUUGAAGCAGCAACAAUCCAAAAACAGCUUGCAAAAUCCUGGAGGGACAG